AUGAAGUUGGGAACUUUAGUACUACAACAGCUCGAAGAUGAGUCUCCUAUGGUACAAGCCUGUUUCCAUGGAGACCCAGACGAGGUUCGAGCCCUUCUUUACAAAAAGGAAGAUGUCAAUUACCAGGAUACAGAGAAGCGGAGUCCGCUCCAUGCUGCGGCCUACUGCGGAGAGGCAGAGAUUGCAGACCUCCUUAUUAUGAGUGGUGCUCGUGUGAAUACAAAGGACAAUAAAUGGCUCACUCCUCUACACAGGGCAUGCUCCUCAAAAAGUGAUGAGACUGUGGAGACUCUCCUUCGUCACUCAGCGGAUGUAAAUGCCCGAGAUAAAAACUGGCAGACACCACUUCACAUUGCUGCAGCCAACAAUGCUGUAAGAUGUGCCGAGUACCUUGCUCCACUACUGACCAAUGUGAAUGUGUCUGAUCGGGCUGGAAGAACGAGUCUACAUCAUGCCUGCUUCAAUGGCCACAAGGAGAUGACCAAACUUCUCCUUGAGAAAGGAGCGACCAUCAAUGCAUUUGACAAGAAAGACCGUCGUGCAGUCCACUGGGCAGCCUACAUGGGCCAUACAGAGGUGGUCAGUUUGCUGGUAGAGAAAGGGGCAGAACUCAACUGUAGAGACAAACAGAUGUAUACUCCACUACACGCAUCAUCAGCCAGUGGUCAAGUCAGUGUAGUUAAGCUUCUGUUGGAGCUUGGUGUGGAAGUGGACGCUGUCAACAUCCAUGGUAAUACAGCGCUACACAUUGCCUGUCUCAAUGGUCAAGAUGUGGUGGUCAGUGAGCUGUUGAGUUAUGGUGCAUCCAUUAAUGCAGUCAACAACAGGGGAAUGACACCACUCCAUUAUGCAGCCUCCUCAACUCAUGGCGGAAUUUGUCUGGAAAUUCUGGUGACAGAAGGAGCCAGUACAAAGCUCCAGUGUGUUGAAGGACGUACCCCACUCCAUAUGACAGCUUUGCAUGGUAGAUUCACUCGAGCACAGACACUAAUCGAGCAUGGAGCUGAAAUUGAUGUCUGUGAUAAGAUGGGAAACACGCCUUUACAUAUUGCGGCACGGUAUGGACACGAGCUUCACAUUAAUACUUUAUUAGAGAAUGGAGCAGAUCCACUCAGACGAGGAACCAGUGGGAUGCUUCCUGUACAUGUAGCUGCAGCCAAUGGCUAUGUUGACUGUCUCAAGAAAUUACUGUCAGCGAUGGAGAAUCUGGAUAUUGAUAUGACUGAUGACUUUGGUCGAAGUUGUCUACAUGGGGCAGCAUGUAGUGGACGAGUUGAGUGUGUUGAUCUCUUACUAAAGAUGGGAGGUAAACUUGGAAUGUUAGACUCAGAGGGCAGGACUGCGCUGCACUAUGCAGCAGCUCACUGUCACUAUCACUGUGUUCAUGCUCUUCUGGAUGCUCGCAGUAAUGUUAACAUCACAGACAGGCAAGGUUGCACACCCCUUCACUAUGCUGCAGCCUCUGACGCUGAUGCAAAAGUCGUUGAGCUGUUGUUGAAGCAUGACGCCCGUCCAGGUAUCCGUGACAACAGUGGUUUCAAUACAGUACAUUAUGCGGCUCUUAAAGGCCACAAGCUAGCAUUGGAAAUGUUACUGGAUGCUGCAGCAACAGACUUACUUAGGAGUGGAGCCAUGUACUCUCCUGCCCAUUUAGCGGCUUACAAUGGUCACAACGAAGCCCUCCAUGUUUUACUUGGUUGUAUUAUGAACCUAGAUAUACGGGAUCACAAUGGACGUACAAUGCUGGACCUGGCUUGUUACCAGGGUCGUCAUGAAUGUGUGGAAACACUGUUAUUACAAGGGGCUACUAUACUGGUCCAGGACAACAUCAACCGUCGCACGCCUCUCCAUGCCGCAGCAUGUAAUGGCCACACAGAAUGUCUACGACUGCUUAUGGAAACGGCCGAAGACAACAAUAUAGUAGAUUGUAUAGACUCAAAUGAGAGAACUCCACUGAUGAUGGCUGUAGCCAAUGGCCAUGUGGAUACAGUUUUAUACCUCAUAGCUAAUGGUGCCUUUGUUAAUAGUAAAGAUAAUCAGGGUCGCACAGCUCUACACAGAGGAGCUGCUAACGGCCAUGGUGAAUGUGUGGAUGCGUUACUCCACAACGGAGCUGAUAUCUCCAUACAAGACCAGUGUGGCAGAACGGCUUUACAUCUUGCUGCCGCAUGUGGCCAAGUGGGGCAGCUUGGGUCACUCAUGUUGAUGGGACCAGUAGACCAGUUAGAAGAUGCCAAAUCAUUUACUCCUCUCCACUUGGCUUGUUAUAAUGGCCAUGACAGCUGUGUGGAAGUAUUGUUAGAAGAUGAAAUUCAUAAAAAAAUUUCAGGGAAUCCAUUUUCCCCUUUACAUUGUGCUGUGAUAAAUGGAAAUGAUACUUGUACUGAAUUGUUAAUUGAUACCUUAGGAAACUCUAUAGUAAAUUUAGAAGAUUCAAAGGGCAGGACCCCACAACAUGCAGCAGCAUUCAGUGACCAGUGCGAGUCUAUGCAACUCCUCCUCACCCAUGGCGCCAACGUUAACCACUGUGAUAGUACGGGCAGGUGUCCAGUCAUGCUUGCCGCCUACAAUGGCCAUAUAGGAGCUGUAGAUUUAUUGUUAGAAAAUGGAGCAGAUCUAAAUUAUUGUGACAAAGACAAAAACACAGCUUUACACUUUGCUUGUAUGAAUGGUCAUGAGAGUGUAUCCUUACUACUACUGGAUAAGAUAACAGAUUAUACAACCAUAAAUAUGGCCAAUAAUGAAUUAAAAACCCCUCUACACAUAGCAGCCAAGUACGGCCUUGUCCCUGUUGUGCACAGUCUCAUAGAGAAGGGUGCAAGUGUUUUCUGCCUGGAUGAAAACGGCCACUCUCCUGCCCUGGCAUGUGCCCCAAACAACAGGGUGGCUGACUGUCUAACUAUCAUCCUAGCACACAUGAUUCCUCAAACCCCAAACAGUACAAUACAGCGUUCCAAGCUUGACACCACACCCUCAGGAUUUGGUGCGACCCGUACUUUGGAGACCCCAGACAACACUGGAAUAGGAAGUCCAGGAGGCAGCGUCCAGGAUGUCAAAGAACACUCGGGCUCGUACCAAAGUUCCGAUUCAGAAUUUUAUUGAUCAAAUUUGUUAUCCUGCCAAUAUCCUUACUCUGUCGACACUCUGGCUAACUUCCACAACUCUCUAGUUCUGAUCACAAAGAUUUGUGUGAAUUUGCCAAGACCUUAAUGUCAAAGUAAUGGACCUGCUGCCAGUGAUAUAAUGCAUCUCUCAGUAUUAGUGGUAGAACUGUCGAGGUAUCCUUAAUACCAAUACACUGGUCAUAUUGUCAUGUGUUAGUCAAUAACUGAUAUUUUAGUCAGAAAAUGUUAGACAGAAAUUUGUUGAUUUUUUAUCAUUGAUACCACAGUAAGACAGUGUAAAGAUAGAAACCAUGACAGAGAAUCAGGUAGCAUGAUUACAGGUUGGUGCCAAGUUGUAGGUCAGCAGAAAAGAUGUUUCCUGCCCAGAGACGUAUAGGUUUAUAUUGCCAGUAAAUGAAUUGAGUUCUUCCAAAAUUUGCAGGGAACAAUGGCUUUAAUUUAAAGAGGACCAGAUGUACAUGUGUGGGACAGAGAUUUCUGGAUACAUUGUCCAGAUAGUUGUUAAUGUGCGUAUAUGUAGGAUUUAAAUUUGCGGACAAAUUGUCAAGGUAGUUGUAACGUGCGAACAUGUGGGACUAAGUUCCCGGAUAGCUCAUACAGAUAGUUGUAAAGUGCGAAUGGUCAUUUUGUACAGAUCACAAUUUUUAACAGUGUUGAAUUUGUGGAUUUUUUUUUUUUUUUUAUAAAUUAGUUUUGAGUGAUUUUUUGCGGUCAUGACAUAUUGUUUUCCUCUGCUGUAUAAGAAUGGGGAAGGUUUUGAAAGUGUUUGUUUAUAGAUUAAUUGGUUUGUCACUCACAGCUGAAUUUCAAGAUUAUAACUUUUCUUUUUAUAACUGACAUUAAGAAAGUCUUAAACCAUAAUAUACAGUUAACAAGGUAACUUUGUAUGAUAUCAGUAUCUGUGUAAUAUACUAGUAACAUUUCCUCAUUUUUGUUCAAAUGUUUUAAUUUGUUUCCCCAGUAAUACUUGUAGAUAGUAAUACAUCAUAUGUAUUACCAAAAUUUAUGAAUAGUGAUUGAAUGCAAGAGAUGUGAACUAUCUUGCCUGUCAAAUCAAGUAUAAAAAGUUUUAUGACUUUGAUAUUUCCUAUUUAUAUUAAGCAGAUCAUUCUCAGGAAUAUAUUAGCCUAUUUACAAAAUAUACAGAUACUAGUACUUUUUAUCCAUGUUUGAUACACAAACAAUUUGUCCUAUUUUCAUCAAAAAAACAAAAAACAAAAUCAAGUGAGCUUUAUGAGUUGUGGAUUAAGUUUUGUUCAGAUGAAAUAUUCUUGUACAACAAGUGGACACAUGAAGUAUAAAAUGCUUAUGGAGAAUUGUAUUGAAAAUAAAUAGACUAUUAGUUAAGUUUAAGAUGGGAAUUUUGAACAUCAAACAAGUUUUGUACAGGACAGGAGUCAGGCACGCGUUUGAUAUUAAAUAUGCUUGUUAUCAAUUGAACAGAUGUCUAGGAUAAAUAUUCACUGUACUAAGUUAUGUUUGUUUUAUAGAAUUUCUGAGAUGUUUCAAAUUCAUUACUUAUAAGUCAUUAUAAUUCUUUAAUCAAAAAUAUUUGUGUAGAGCUAGCUAUGUUUAAGUUAUACAUUAUACCUCCCAGUACAUGUGUGUAUCAUCUGUUUGUAACUGUUGAGAAACUGUUGUGUUUGUUUUUUCAAUCAAAUUUGAUUUAACUUUAGGUGUGAGAAUUUUAUGACCAAGUAAGAAUAUUUGUUUUUGCUAACAUCUACAGUCGUCUUCUUAACCAAGACGAGGACGUUAAACCUGGUUUAACUUAUAACACAUCAGGAUAACUAACUGUCUGUCAAUCAGGAUUAGCUGUCUGUCUAUUAGGAUAUGAAAUGAAUGUGUCCCUGACAUGUAUGAUAUUGCCUUUGUCAGGGUUGAAUGUGGUAUGGGUUUUUUUCGAAGCAACAGAAGGGUUUCAAUUGAUGUGGGAAACUUGAACACAUUUGAAAUUUGUCAUGAAUUCCUGAGGAUUGAAAAACAACCUAGACCAAUUGUAUCUGUCAUUACUCUGAAAACAUAGAGAAAUUAUAUUUGUCAUUACUCUGCAUUGUUAGCCAUUGCCUUAAAAUCACAGGCAUAAAUUGUGAACUUAAUAGACGGCUAUGAUCAGCGAUCUGUAAUAUUUAUUAAAGGAGAUAUUAUCAAGUUUCAUCGAAGAGUGUAUUGCAAUUUUAGCCAUCAGUAUUUACAGAACAGCUGAAAAAAACUUCAUUUUUGCUUCUUACCAUCAUAUAUAACCAGCACGGCACAGGAACAAAGUGCUAAAAACUGAUCACCUUAGGAUUACAGUCCUGUCUGUAGUUUAUUCAGUAUUGAUAAUUCAAGCGAUAUUACCGACACCACUUGUGACCAGAAUGGUGAGGACAGACUGUAAUAGGUAUUAUAUAUUCAGCUAUACACGACAGGGAUUAUUGAAUAUUUGAUUUUACUCUGUGUUAUAUAAUAAUGUUUUUUAAUGAUAUAAAAUCUAACAUAUGGGGCGUAGUAUCUUAGUUUGUUUUCUUGAAACUAUGAUGACUAGUUUUCUAGGUGUAUAGUUGCUCUACUUUCUGUAUGUCUGUAUUUUGAUUGUUUCUGAUAUGAAAUUCUUUGUUUUUCUUCUGUAUCUUUUAUAAAAAUCUAGCAUUCUUUCUGAUUUGGUUGCUGGUGAUCUCACCAGUGAAUGAAAAGUCCAAAGAAAAUAGUUUUAUUGGUACACCAUUUUAUGACAAGUAGGGUUGCAUACAGUGUUAAUUUUUGUCCCUCUUUGUUAUUUCGAUUAUUUAUUUCUAAUUUGUUGUACAAUGUUAUAUUAUUACAAUAUUGAACUAACAGCUCUAUGUACAGAUGGGGGUGCCUGGUAACUUGUUGCUGAUGCUAAAUGUCCGAUACAUUUCUUAUCUUUACCAAGUAUUCAUUAAAACACGUUGAAUGGAAAGUCAAAUAUUUGAUACACGAUAUGAUGACACUCAGUGUUUUAAUCUUGUUUUCAGUUAGAUAGGGACUUUCGACACUUUUGAACUACCUCAAGUUUUAGUUCACGAUAACACAUUUCCAACAUUUAUUUGAAUGGCUUACAUUUGACCAGUUGAUGUUUGAAAAUCUUUUUACUGAACUUAAAGGGUUUAUGCUCAGAUUAUUCCGUCAGAUAUUAUGGUGAUGUUAUAAACCAUAGCACAUCUAUCAUCUUUGAAUUUGAAUAUGAGUUUACAGUAGAUCAACCUAGGAGACUUGCUGAAUAAUUUCAAUGUGUCAAGUGGGCAUUGUUUUGAUAUGCUAUAAAGAGGGGACUUCAUGUUGUAAAUGUUUUGAAGUUUGGUCUCCAGAUGGUGGAGAUGUCAGUAUAAGUUUAAAUUGGUAUAUUACAUUAUCAAGUGAAGAAAAUUUAAGGAGAAAAUGAUACAUUAAAGGGGGCCUGGUAUUACAACAGUCGUGGCAAUUCAUAGAGCAAUACACCUGGCAACCAAUUAAUGGCAAUAAAAGUAUUUACAGACUUCCUUCCUGUAUCCACUUCUGUCUGUCUUUUUAUGCAUAUAUCAAAUUCUACAUGAAACAAAGCUAAAGAGUUAAUCGGAUAGAAUUAUAUCUUUUUUGCUUACAGUGUGGUAGUGUGUUUUGUCUUGCAGUGGGAGAGGGUAUUUGUACUGGAAUUGGGCUUCAUAUUAUAUAUCAAUGGAUAUAGAGAAUGUAUUUUAACUUUCAGUGACUGAUGUGUAUGUUUAUAGUUUUUACAAAUAUUAGUUGUCCAACUAAUAAAAUAUCAGCUAGAGAAUGGAUUAAAAAGUCAGCAUUCAAUCAGGAUGUAAUACAUCAUGUGCAUGUUACCAAGAGAGGUUAAUCAUUGAUCAGAGGUAAGUGUUUAAGUUUCAACACUAAUGAAAUUGCUACUUUCACUUUCAUUGUGAGGAACAAAGGUUGUUAAAUUCAAAAUUCCAUUCAGAUCCUCAUUUUCAUUCAUUUGACCUCAUUGAGUAAAAGAAUCUCGCACCCUAGUUUUGAUUUUGUGUUUGACUCGUCUUUUCACCAUGAUAUAUCAGUAUUUGCAGUGAAAGAUAAGACAUCACGAUGGUCCAUGCAGCAUAUUUAGACAAUGGAAUUUAUACAGGAUUAAAUUCAGGCAGCAUUGAGAUUAAAAGAGCUCACAUUAUGAAUGUGUUGCGAUUAGUUGUGUAUGGAAUUAUGGACCAAUAUGAAGCUUUAAUUUGCAGGGACACCAGGACUCUUCAGGUUGUCAUCCUUUUUUGAUAACAUGUCAUAAAUAUUUAUAUUCUGUCCUAACACCUUUAAUUAGAAUCAACAAUCUUUGAUGUUGUUUUGUUUUGUUGUUUUAAGGUUUUUCUUUGUAGGUUUCUAUGUACUUGAAGUUAUGAAGUAUUUUAUUCAUCUUCAACAAUUUUUUCUCCAUAAUACUGUAAAAUUAUUCAAUUCAAUGGAGGAUUUAUUUUCAUGGAUUUAGUGGAUACUUUUAAUCCAUUAAUUUAUAUGUCCAGAAAAUGUUUAAAUAAGUAUUACUUAACUGAGCUAUAUUUAUCCACAAGAUCAGGUGUCUCCAAAAUAUAAGUAAUUUUUUGGGGAAAAAAAACAACAAAAAUUUAGCCUCACAGAAAUACAUGAUUUUAUAGUAAGCUAUGAUAAUUCUGUUGAUUGUAUAAAUGUUCCUGUAUUAUGAAAAAAAUUAUAAGCAACUUCUGUAAUUUGAUUAUUGGAAAUUCUUAUAUUUAUUUUGAGUUCCUUCCAUUUACAGUUUCAUGAAAAUUUCGUGCCUAAGUUGUAAAUUUAUUCUGAAAAAUAUACAAUGUAUUAAAUGAUUUAUAACAGGUUGGUAAAUAUUAAUUGAUUGUAUUUAGAUGAAACAAUAAGAUAUAUAAACCCCUAUAGGUAAUUACUUAAUGGUAUAUAGAAUAUGAUUUUUAUCGACAUGUACCUGUAAUCAGAAGUGCUCAUAUCCCUGUCUUGUAACCCACUACUCCUGUCUCAGUCUUAAUAUCCUUUAUUGUACAGUCCUGGUGCCUUGGUUCUAACCAGGGUUUUUAAGUUUUCUAACUGAGUGUAUGUUCAAGUCAUACUAAUGUAAACAUUUUUAAUUUGAAAGAUAUAUAUUCUUAGUCACAAAUCCUUACAGACAUAAAGCCAUGCAGGUGUUCUGCAAAGUUAUUGAGAAAAAGACAAACAGAACAGCUUAGGAAAGGUCAAAACUGGUAAAAAAGGAUGUUAUCUCCGAUCUUCAUCUUACCUUGAUUAAUAUCAUUUGGAUGUAAUGCUUUAUUUUUCAUAUUUAGUUAGUACUUAGAGAUUUUUUGUAAGGAAAUCAUAUUUGUGAAAGGUUUAACAAUUUUAGAGUUUGCUAUCGCAUGGCCUUCAAGCCUGAGCGAAUCUGUCAUGAAGCAGCAGUCGUCUUCUGUCGAAUAAUACAGAGGUAUAGAUCAAACUACACCCAACAGAAAUGUGCCAACAAUUCAAACCUAGUUUUGAAACAUAUAAUUAUUUUUCUAAUAUGGAAAAUGUAUCUAAAGAGCGAAAUUGGUCCUACAGAUUUGUGUUUCCUUAAAGGAGUUUAGUGAUUAUAACAAUAUUUCAUAUACACUUUCAUUACUUUCAGUUUGUGGUCAACUUCAAGAGUUUAAGGAAGCAAGUAAUAUGAACAAGGGACCUGGACUUAAGGCUUGAGAUUUAACACUCUGCUGCAGAAUAUUAUUUCAGCACACCGUUUUAAAGCUUACUCAAAUUCUGUUUAAUUUGAAUUUUUUCUAGGAAUCUUACACAUUGAUCUUCUGUUUGACCUGCAAAGGAAUUGUUUAACAGACGUAUUGAUAAAUUAUAAGCCGGUUCGGUGCCACAGCCAAGUGUUAAGUCUCAGAUUGUAAUAUUGUUAUGUAUAGUGUAUAACAGUUUAAUAUCGUUAUGGAGCGAGUUGUAAGUAGUGAGUAUCCAGAGAAUAAUGGUUUUUUUUUUUUUUUUUUUUCAUAAAUAAUUCUAGAAAUUGUAUAUUUCUAUAUCAUGUGUUUUAG